AUGACUAUGGAGACACUCGCAGAAAGCCCCAUCAACAACUCCAUACUGAGCAAGCAUUGCGCUUUGAUCAAUCGACACUACCUACCCUUAUUACAAUUUUGGCAUCCUUCCUUCGAGUCGAAAAUGCGACAGUCUCUACAAACCGAUAUACUCAGUGACGACUUGUGGGGGCAGAUCCUGAUCAAUGGAAUGCUAUGUCUGACUUCGAAGUUUGAUACAAGGUUGGAGGGAGGUUGCAAGUGGUAUGGAAAGAAGCUCAAAAUCAUUCGUCGAACUCGAAAUUGUCGCGAGGAACAUCUUGCGAUAGUCCAGGGUCUCAUUCUCCUUGGUAUUCACAAGAUGGAACAAGGAAGCUGGGAGGACGCUAGAAAGGCUGCCUCCAAAGCUACACGGCUCGCAAAAGCAAUGGAGUUAGACAAAGCUGGUCGCAGCAAUCGCCCUGAAGAGUCUUUACACAAGAUCGAGUCCCAUAGCAGGACUUAUUGGAGCUGUUUUAUUCUAGAGAGGCUAAUAAUUGGAGUCAACUCACCUCCAAUAUCGUCAUGGAACUGCCGCCUGCCACAACUUCAGGAGCGCUUUGUACUUGAGAAGGAUCUCAAUCUCGGGAGCGCCGAUCCGAUCCGAAGAAUAUACUGCCUAGUAGUGCAAGCAUUUCGGGCGACGACAAACUUCAUCGAGGCUGGCCGACCCAAAUCUUUGCAAUCUGAUUACUACUCAAUAAUCGAAAAGACCAAUAAAUCAUUCCCACCUGGAUUCGAAUACAGCAUAGAGAAUGAGCACAGGCAAUUGGCAUUGUCAGAGACUUUAUUUGUCCCCACGCAUAUCCUUCACUAUUUCAACUACUUCAGGAUCUACGCAGACCGUCCGGAUGGAGACGAGAUGAAAUUGUGUGUGGAUAAAAUCAUCACAAUUGUGAAGGAAGCCCAGUGGCAUGAUGCUUUGUCUGAAUACCCUCCCACUAUUUGGUGCCUGCAGGAAAUAACCAAGUUUUUGAUGGAGCACAAUACAAUGAAUCAAGCUCUUGUGGAAAUUCUGCAGCCACUUGCUUUGAGAUGGAAGAGUAUCCGCAAUCUCUUAGAAGCUUAUUGCAAGCCUGGGGAAGCAGCGACUACAGCUAUUGAUGAUGAGGCCAGACUUAUCUCUAAUGCUGCUGCCACGGGAGCACCAGGGAGAAAACGGAAAAGGAGAAGAACACGUUAUAUUGUUCAAAACAAACAUGUUUCCAUGACGCAUAUCAGGUUGUCCAAGACGAUGCUCUGGGAAGGGAGGGAUAUCCAGUCCGGUACAAUGCUACAGUCGAUGAGUGGGAGUACAACUUUCCGAAAUAUCACACUGCCUACGAGCCAUCCGGCACUUGGCCUCCGAAAUCCCACUAUCCCCAACGAAUUGAAAAAGCAACAUCACAUCACUUUGCUCGACCCUCAUCACCCUACCUUUCGUUUCAAAGAGAUACCACCCGCUACACAUGCAGGAUUUUUCAAGAUCCACAUCAAAGCAGAAGGCACAACACGAGCGGGACUUCCCGUUCGUAGAGUCUCCAGAAGGACAGAGGAGGAGAGGCAAGCGCAGAGGACAGCCGCAAUUCCAUUGCUUGUCAACAUGGGAGACUUGGGAGCAGACGGGGCUCCGUGGAGACAGAAAGAUGGUACUUCCCAACUCUGCAACUCCAAGGAAGUCAGCACCAUCGUAUCCACUGUAACAACAAUAGCCAGCGCUGAAGCGUUUCAGUACUUGAAGCAAAUUUGUACAAGAAUUCGCACCAAGAUGGCAGCCGUCUCUUGUACAAGUCCCCCACUGAGCUCGACCAACGAUGAAAUUGUUGCAAUCAGUGCUCGCCUCGAUACAUUGGACAGCGACGCGGCUUAUCUUUCUGCAAACUAUCAGUUGAGUCUUGCCCGUCUUGCGGAAGGAAUUCAGAAUUUGCGAACACAAGAGAAGCUGAAUUUUGGUGGUGAUCCUUGUCUCAAGUUUAUAAAGUUGGAAAACGAGGACCCAGACAGUUAUGCCGAAUUGUCGGAAGGCCUGGCGAAUCUCAUACGUCCUGCUCCUGUUGAGAUCUAG